UUCACACGCUUCCAUUUCCCUUCCCUCCUCUUCAAAACCUCCCUCUUCUCAGGCCAAUCUUGUCACAGAUUUCUCAGGCCAAAUUGUCAUUUCAAGGGAAAGAAAAAUAAGUACUACCGUAUUUUUUAUUUCCUGGAAUCUUUCCUAUUGGAAAGUUUCUUUUCAGAUCCUUGGCUUGUACUUUUUUUCUAAAAUAUGGCUAGAAAUCCUCUCCAUUUUACUCCGUCCCAAUCUGUGGUUUCUCUUACUUUCUACCUUUCUGGUUUUUUCUAAUUUUUGAGCUCUAGAUAUUCAAAACUGGGUUCUUUUCAUACCAUUAUCCAGACCCUACUCCUUUUUUUCAAAGCCCUGAAAGUAAUUGCAUUGCGAGGAAGUUGUAGCUCAUUGGCCUAAUUUUGGGUCCCGUUUGUUGUCCCUGUUAAAGUUUCAAUAUUCAACUCCCAUUUUUCUAUUUCCCCAUGCCAUCAAAAUUUUAUUUUUGAUUAGGUCAUUAGCUGCUAUAUUCCUCAAUCUCGUGUCCCUACUUCCUAGUCAAAUAUUAGAUGAUCCCGUUUUGAUUUUCAUUUGUACCCUGGUCUAAAAGGGAGAUUGAUCUUCCUGCGGUGGUCAAGGUGGUGCACACACUGGCUUCUUGAUUUUUAAUCAGUUUUCCUGCCCAUUUAAAGUACCGAAGUCCCAUUCUUUAGACCCUUCUUGAAUUUGUAGUUGCUCCAUUGUCAUUGUUUUCUGCUUGAUUAAGCAUACAAUCCUUGAAAUUCUUGGAUUUAGUCGUGUUUUUGCCUAAUAAUCGUUGACAUGUGAUUUAUUGGCUUUAAUUUUUGUGUCAAUGAUCAUCUUGAAUCUCUCCUGUUUCGUAAGCUUCAUUGUGUUUAAGCUGUCUACUUUUUUUACUACAUGCUGCUGUGCCUCCGAUGCGUAAGUAGUCACUGAAUUUGCUGCUUGUUUUCUUGCAUAUCUAAGCAUUUCAAGUAUGCUUAAGCAGGGCAAUUUCUUGUUCAGUUCACCUUUCCUUCUAUGUGUCUUCUUUUGGUUCUUUCUCAUUCAUAUUGUUGUUUCACAUAUUCCCUUGGGGUCAAAGCUUUCUGUAGAGGAAAAUAACUUGUGGGUUUCCUCCAGUAGUGAUUUUGCUGUUGGAUUCGUUAACCAUUCUGAACAGCCUAAUCAGUAUGGUGUAGGGAUACGUUUCAAUUCAAAAUCUAUUCCUUUCCCCAAGCAAACUGUGGUCUGGGUUGCUGGAGCUGAUGUCACUGUGAGUAACAAGUCCUUUUUCCAGCUUUCUCAAAACGGCGAGCUGGUAUUGGUAGAUUCUUUGAGGGGCGUUGCUGUGUGGACCAGCAACACGAGCCAAUUAGCUGUUGCUUCGGCUCUUCUUCGUAAUGAUGGCAAUCUUGUUCUAUUGAAUAGAAAGAAGGAUGUUGUUUGGCAAAGUUUUGAUAAUCCAUCCGACACACUUCUUCCAGGCCAGAAUUUACCUGUUCAUAAAACCCUUAGAGCUGCAAGCAGAAAUUCUGUUUCAAGUUAUUACAGUCUUCAUAUGAAUGCUUCAGGCCAGUUACAGCUGAAGUGGGAAAGCGAUGUUAUUUACUGGUCCAGAGGAAAUCCUUCUAGUUUGAAUCUUGGCGUCGUCCUUACCUCCGGUGGAGUCCUGCAACUUGUGGACCACAAUCUGAAUCCUGUUUGGUCUGUUUUUGGGGAAGACCACAAAGACAUUGUAAAAUUUCGGUUACUUAAAUUAGACAUUGAUGGUAAUCUGCGGAUAUACUCAUGGGUAGAAGCUACAGGGUCAUGGAGAUCAGUUUGGCAAGCCGUUGAAAAUCAAUGCAAUGUUUUUGCAACCUGUGGCGGGCAUGGCAUCUGUGUUUUCAAUACAUUAGGAUCUCCCGAAUGCCGAUGCCCUUUCAAGACAACAUCUUCAUCCAACUUGAAAUGUUUUUCACUGAAUUGUGAUUCUAAUCACAGUAUGGAUACUUAUGAGCACACUUUUCUGUAUGGGAUUUAUCCACCAAAUGAAUCAAUCACCAUUACUAGUUUACAGCAAUGUAAAGAGUUGUGCAUACAGGACCCGGCUUGUACAGCUGCAACCUUCACAAAUGACGGAACUGCCCAGUGCCGAAUGAAGACAAGCCCAUACUUCUCUGGGCAUCAAAACCCCUCUUUAAGUUCGAUAUCUUUUGUUAAGACAUGCUCGGACCCCAUAGCUGCUAAUCCCCAUAAUUCAAGUUCUUCUCCAUUACUAUCUCCAGUCAAACGGUCUCAUGGGUUGUGCCUUUCUUGUCAAAUUGGUGGAGCAGCCUCAGGCACAUUACUUUUAUUUGUUGUUGUUCAGUUAGGGAUUGGCUACUUCAUCUAUAGAAGAAGAAAUCGGAUUUUGAGGGAAGCUGCUUUAGCUUACACAGGCCGUAACUCUAAGGGUGUGAUGAUGUUACCAUUUACAGAAAUCAAGGACAUCACUGGGAAUUUCAAGCACCAGAUAGGGCCAGGUAUGUAUAGAGGUGCGCUUUCAAACCAACAGCCAGUAGCAGUCAAAGACCUUGACGAAACCAUUGAAGAAAGGAAGUUUCGAGCUGCUGUAUCGAAGAUAGGAAGUAUACAUCACAAAAACCUGGUGAAGCUGAAUGGCUAUUGCUGUGAGUUAGGUCAUAGAUAUCUGGUCUACGAAUAUGUCAAAAAUGGUUCUCUGGACAAAUGUAUCGAAGAUGAUGAGUUGAAUCAAAGACUGACUUGGAGAAGGAGAGUUGACAUAUGCUUAACUGUGGCAAGGGCUAUUUGUUAUUUGCACGCAGGAUGUAGGGAGUUUAUAAGCCAUGGAAAUUUGAAAUGUUCAAACAUAGUCCUGGAUAAAAAUUACGAGGCCAAGGUGAGUGAAUACGGGUUGGAAAUUGUUCGUCCUGAGGAAUCAUACGGUGGAGAGAAAGAUGUGGCGGAUUUUGGCAAGAUGGUGCUGAUAGUGAUAACCGGGCGUCCAGAAAUCAAGGAUCUUUGGGAGUGGACCUAUGAGGAAUGGAUCCAGGGGCACCCAGAGAGGGUGAUUGAUAAAAGAGUUGAUGAUGGCGUGGAUUUAAAGGAGCUAGAGAGAGUGUUACGAAUUGCAUUCUGGUGCCUUCAAUCAGAUGAACAGAUGAGACCUUCAAUGAGUGAGGUAGUGAAGGUAUUGGAAGGAUCAUUAACAGUUGAUCCCCCACGACCUCCUUUCAGUCAAAGGUCAUCAGAAGAAGAGUCCCUGGAGUCAAGCUCCAAACCUCGAAGUCCAAUGGAACCAUGACGAUCAGUUAGUUUAUCAGCUUUCCCACUAUGGUCUGUAUGUUAGAACUAACACUGCUUGGUGGUUAAAUUCAGCACCUGCUUUGAUAUGCUCAUGCCAUUUUUCCAUCAACUGCUUGAGUAUAUGAACUACUGUAAGAAGAAGAAGUUCCGUUUAGUCUUAGCUUGAAAUCAAAAUGCAACUUCAUACGCAUUUUGGGAUGCCAUAUUUGCAAGAUAAAUGGUGGUUCUAAUGCGAUUGAUGCAUAGCCUCAAGCUUUUUGGGGGGGGCUUACUCAUCGUUCUCUUCUCUGAUAUGGAAUGCCAGAACAGUCAACCACUAGGGUUGUAAACGUAUGAAACCUGCGACUUCUUUGGCAACUUCUCCUCAAGGCACGUGGCCUGAAACCAGUAAACCAGUGCCUAAUUCAAGCACCUUUUUACCAACAAUUGCCUGCUCUCGUUUUUGGAGGGAAGCAUGUGGAAGGGCUUGAAGCUUGACGGUCCAAGAAACUUUAUGUUGAUUGCUGGCCCAUUUUAGGUUUGUUUGCAAUAUCAAAGCUCUAUUGUCAUAAUGAGUGGGCCUUGUUACCAGUAUUCAAGUAGACCUUUACCUAAAUUCUAGGUUUGUUAGGAACAGCCUAAUUAAUUAUUUAGUUGUCUUUUUGGAGGAAAAUAAUUGCAUUAUUAUUAUU